GGCAGGAUCAGGUUCAGAGAUGACCUGCCAAGGAUCCUCCGGAGCGCCCUGGCCCGACCGCAGAUCCGUUCCCUCCCGCAGUGCUCGGCACCUCGUGUCCUUUUCCUGCCACCUCUAAAGUACUGCUCAAAGCAUCUUUGUUUGAAGUUGGUCAGGUGAACCCACAGCCCCGCCUUGGCACUGUUAAUCACCCCCUGGCCAGGCCUCCACCCGUGUGCCCUUUAAGCCCCCAGGCCCUGCCCUAGCCCCGUCAGCAGAAAGGGCACCCGGCUGUGAGGGUGAGAGCACGGGCCAGGGGCUGCUGGGGCUCAACAGUGGCAGCUGUCAGGAAAUACAAAGGAAGAGCGGGGCUAGGAAGAGGCAAAGGAUGCCCACAUCCUGGGGGCAGGGACUGCAUCCUUGGCCAGAGGGGGGUCAUAGUCCCCGGGGCCUGGGCAGAGGAAAGGGUGUAGAGUGCGGGUGGCAGGCAGAGAAACAAGCCAGGAAGUGAGGGCAGACGGAAGGGCCAUGGUGGGUGGGGUGGGGUGUUCCCCAGGGCUACACGCCUCUCUCUGCUUCCUGCCAGCCCCAGAGACUCCAAGUCCUAGGCACUGCUACCCUUAGCCAGUCCAGCCCUGGAGACACAAUGAGGGGUGCUUCCUGCCUCUGGGUCCUGCUUCUGCUGGUGCCAGGAGCUGCUGGGACACCGGAAUCGGCAGCCUGCGGCCAGCCCCGCAUGUCCAGCCGGAUCGUGGGCGGCCGAGACGCCCAGGAUGGAGAGUGGCCGUGGCAGGCGAGCAUCCAGCUCCGUGGGGUGCACGUGUGUGGGGGAUCACUCCUCGCCCCGCAGUGGGUGCUGACAGCAGGGCACUGCUUCCCCAGGCAGCUGCUGCUGGCUGAAUACCGCGUGCGUGUAGGGGUGCUGCGCCUGGGCCCCACAUCGCUUCACACACGCUCGGUGCCGGUGCGGCGGGUGCUGCUGUCCCCAGACUACUCAGAGGAUACAGCCAGAGGUGACCUGGCCUUGCUACAGCUACACCGUCCGGUGACCUUGAGCGCCCGAGUGCAGCCUGUCUGCCUACCCAUGCCUGGGUCCCGCCCGCACCCGGGCGCAUUGUGCUGGGUCACCGGCUGGGGCAGUCUCCGCCCAGGAGUGCCGCUGCCCGGGUGGCAACCCCUUCAAGGAGUGAGGGUGCCACUGCUGGAUUCACGCACCUGUGACCGCCUCUACCAUGUGGGCACCAAUGUGCCCCAGACAGAGCGCAUAGUACUGCCCAGCAACCUGUGUGCGGGCUACCUCGCAGGUCACAAGGACGCUUGCCAGGGUGACUCCGGGGGGCCCCUGACCUGCAUGCAGUCUGGGCGUUGGGUCCUGGUGGGUGUGGUGAGCUGGGGCAAGGGCUGUGCCCUGCCCAACCGUCCAGGUGUCUAUACCAACGUGGCCAAGUACAGCGCCUGGAUUCAGGCUCACCUCAGCCUCUGACGCUGGUUUCUUCAGUCAUGCUGACCUGGAGCCAGAAGCUGGGCCCCUCAGCCUCCUGGUGUAUCUGACGUCCUGCUCACAUCCUGGCGCUUCAGACUUGAGACUGAAGUGCUAAAGGCCAUCUGUCCACCCAUCUGCUCACCUCCCUACCCUCUCUCCUCCAUGGGCUCACAAAACCUGGCAGUCUCCCACGUGUCCCAGGGACUCACACUCCUCCCCUCGUCAUGCAUAUUUUACCCUCCUCAGCUCUGGCCAGGGAUAGGUAUGGGGCACCCAGAGGUGGGCAAACUAGCUGGUGCCCUGCCUGGCCUGUGUGCCCCUCAUUUUCUGGAAGAAGUCAAACAGAUUCAAGCCAUGAGAGGCACUCAACACCAGGGAGCUUCUCUAUUGCUGGCUUUGAAGAUGGAGGGCCCAAGAACUGUGAGCAGGCUCCUGUAGCUGAGAGCCGGGAAGGACGGGAACCUCAGACCUACAACCAACCGGAGCCAAGUUCUGCCAACACCCUGAAGGAGAUGAGAAGCGAAUUCUUCCCCCACCUCCAGAAAAGACCUCUGCUUGGCCAUUCCCUUGACUUUUUAGCCUGACAAGAUGCUAGGCAGGGAAACCCAGCAAAGCCACCCAGACUUCUGACCUAUAGA